CCAAUCGGUGAGACAAGAGACUCUAUUGACAUUGGUAAACCACUGAUGUCGGACAGCAUAAGGGUGGGUGUUAUUACCGGACAAGAGGUAUUUGAGAAUGAGCUUGAACAAUUGGACUCUGAAAGGGAAGACCGGAUGAUCAACCUUUGUGUGGAAAAUGAGAUGCAUCAUCAGAUCCGAUCCUAUCCCAAUGAGGAGUAUACAAGCCCAGCAUGCAUUAAAGGAACUGCAAAAUACAUAAACUGUGACCCGGAUGACCGGUACUCAGAAAGGCAAUGUAGGCUUGGAGAUGGACGUGAAGUUGUGGUUCCAUCACUUGGGAAGAACCCUCAUCAAUCGGUGAACGGUUACCUAGGAGACGGUGAAGAAGUGAAGCCUUGUACGGUAAUGACCAGUGCCACUAUUGCUGUAGUCGAGAGGAGUCAAUAUCCAACGACAACCGUCAACCUCACUCUGUCACAAAAAAACUGCCAGAGAGACUUCAUGACGUCCCCUGUGAAACCUGUAAAGACUAAAGAGAGACGAACAAACGGGAAAAUGAGAAACAGAGCUACAAAUUCCCAAUUCCCUCAAUCCUUUGGCAUACUCAAUGGGAGCAAGUCCAAGCUGGAUCCCAAGACUAACUCAGUUUCUGCAACACAAGUGAAAACUAGGGUCAGAAAAAACCCCAACUUGGUUAUAAACGGAGAGGCAACGGUCAGUAGCGUUAAAUCCAAACCAAACUCAGUCGAAGUGGCUCAGCAGAACGCUGACACGCCGGUGGCCAGCGAGUCCGUCACAGGGGGCUAUCGGACCUAUAGCAAAGGUCCAAACUCUGACAGGUCCAAUGAGAAAGGACCUCACGUGCUACCUGCGGCCAGGGAGCUGAGAAGUGCACGACAGCCCAAGAGAACCCCGGUGGUGGUGCCCAGUCCGAGGUCCAAGUCUGUGGUGGACCUCAUCACCUACAAGGACAUGUUCCAGACCAUAAACAGAGGGGACGACGGGCCGGUCAUCUACGAGAUGUUCGCCGGCCCGAUGUUCGACAAGCUGAGAAUCUCUGGUUCUUGCGACAAACCCAAGGUGGGAACGGUGUCCAUGCCACCCAGAAAGUCCCAUCAAACCUUCAAAGUGAAAAAGCAGCCCUUGAAGAAACCAGUGGAGCACAGAAAGCUGAGGAGAAGCCCGGCGGAGAAGAUGGUGGUUUCGUCCACCGGCAAGAGGAAAACGGUGUCGGCGUCGAAGGUUGAACCCUGUCUGACUGCUGGUCAGGGAAAGGAUCCACACAAAAUGGAGGAUGUUCCUAAACUGGAUUUGCAAACACAGCCUGAGUCUUUUCUGACCGAGGAAAGUGAGGAAGAGGAGGAGAAGUAUCUUGAGCCCUCUUCGGACCGGGGAGGGGAUCAAAUGAUGUCCGUUAUUCAGGAGGUGCAAUCUGGAUAUGGAUCUGAAACACUCAAACCAGACGAACUGUCGUCAGCUCGACGGAUGCAGCGGGAGCGAUCUUCUCGCCGCCAUGAUAUCGAAGACCUUCAGGACGGCCAUGAACUAAAUCCACACAAUCGAAGGACUUCAUCGGCCCACAGCAGUAGAAGCAGAGACGGAGGAGAGACAUACCAUCAGGUUCCUGAGCCUGUGCGAUCUCAAAGCCCACUGCAGACAAAGAUCAACUCCCGGACGUCUCACAGAAGCAACGGCACCAUCUCGCCCGUGUACAGAGAAUGCCUGGAUGAAGUGGGGGAGGGGCCAAUGACGGAUGAGCUUCUGAAGUGUCUCGCACAGGAGCUGAUCUCAUUGGACGAGACAGACACUUCCAUAGGUCCCUCUCCGAUCUUUCAACCGUUGGGCAGCAGAGGAAAAGGGGAGGGACCAGGAAGGCCAAAACAGAAAAUGCCAGAGCAGAUAUCUUCGACGCUGGACUCGGUGGUGGAGGACACCAUCACCUGGACCAAAGGAGAGGUUCUGGGCCGGGGAGCCUACGGAACGGUCUUCUGCGGCCUGACUAACCAGGGUACACUGAUAGCGGUGAAGCAGGUGAGCCUGGACACGUCAGAGCCCGCGGCGGCGGACAAAGAGUACGGCCGUUUGCAGGAAGAGGUGGAGCUGCUGAAGAACCUGACCCACACCAACAUCGUAGGGUUCCUGGGGACCUCGCUACGGCAGCACAUGGUGUCCAUCUUCAUGGAGUAUGUCCCUGGGGGCUCCAUCGCCAGCGUCCUGCACAGGUUCGGCCCCUUACCCGAGCACGUCCUGUCGCUCUACAGCCAUCAGAUCCUGGAGGGCGUGGCCUACCUCCACCUGAACCGCGUGAUCCACCGCGACCUGAAGGGCAACAACAUCAUGCUCAUGCCCACCGGCGUGGUCAAGCUCAUAGACUUCGGCUGCGCCCGGCGCCUCAGCCGCCUCAACCCCAGCAGCAGCCACAGCGCCGACCUGAUCAAGUCCGUCCACGGCACCCCCUACUGGAUGGCCCCGGAGGUCAUUACCGAGUCAGGGUACGGCAGGAAGUCGGACAUCUGGAGUGUGGGGUGUACGGUAUUUGAGAUGGCGACCGGGAAGCCCCCGCUAGCCCACAUGGACAAGCUGGCCGCCCUGUUCUACAUCGGAGCCCAGAGAGGGUCCAUGCCCUCGCUUCCCGACGGCUUCUCACGCCACGCCAGCAACUUUGUUGACAUCUGCCUCACCAGUGACCAGAAACGGCGACCCUCUGCGGAACAGCUGCUGAAACACCCGUUCAUCCCCAACAAGACCCGGGAGAACUCUCCGGAAACUCAGAGGAGGCCCUGCUGUGCCGCCCAUCCAGAUGGAUUCUGUCAUUGGUAGACGGACCGCUACGACAUAGGAUGUGCUAUGGGUAGAUGACCCACGACGAAGUGGUGUUAUCUGUUGACAGACCGUUUGACGGAAUUUGUGUCACUGUUAAGACACAUCGUUCCUAUGGGAGUUGUGUUAUCGGUAGACAAGACCGUUAUGACGUAAGUUGUGUUGCCGUUAAGACGCAUCGUUCCGACGGAAGUUGUGUUAUCGGUAGACAGAUCGUUACGACGGAAGUUGUGUUAUCGGUAGACAGAUCGUUACGACGGUAGUUGUGUUAUCGAUAGACGGAUGGUUAUGAUGGAAGUUGUUUUAUCGGUAAACAGAUCGUUACUACAGAAGUUGUGCUAUCGAAAGAAGGAUAAAUAGACGAUGACGAAGGAAGUUAUGUUAUUGAUAGAAUACACUGGUAUGACAUGACACUUUCGGGCCCUAUAUUACCACCAGGUCCACCAAGAUAUGAUUGAUAAAUCAACCUACCAGCCUACUCAGUUAAGUGUUUUAUAAAUUAUUUUCUGUCAGGAUAAACUGAGGUCCGGAAUUCACAUGAAAGUGAGUCAGAUGUAGCGCACUUUGUAUGUUAUUCAUGGUUAACAAUUGAAAGAUCCGACCUGCUUUGAAUGUUAAGUUGACUUAAAUUCCCCUCUGCAUUAUCUGUGCCAACUAUUUAAAACCACUUGAUAUUGUGUACAUAUAAAUUAAAGUGUACAUUUUGUACAUCUUAAAUCCCCGGAUGAACACUGUUUUUUAGAGCAGGUAACUAUCGCAGCCAAUACUUAUAUUGUUAACAUAACUCAACCCAAGUCUCCACGUCUUACGAAUGACAUGUACUUAUGUACCGAGACCUUUAAGGAGAGCAGCGGCACAAUGAAGACACAGAAUGAAUAUCUUGUGUUUUAAUGCAUCUUUAAAAAGGUACCUUUGCCGUGUGAUUGUAUUACUCAAUUAAAGAUGGUUGAAGUUGGAUAAUGAAUGUUGAAAAAUGUCUACUGCACUUCUUUUGCUUUAUCAAUAAGCUUUUUAUUUUUCCGUGGCCAAGUCGCUUGCCCCAGGGAACAACCAAGAGUUGAACCUCUCUAAAUCAGGCCAUCAGCAAAACAAAUCUACAAAUGCAAAACAACUUGAAAACAAUAUUUUCUGAGAUAUUACUUGUAAUAAAUGAAAUAAUGACCAGAAAUGAACCUUUUCUUUUUACAGUGCAGGUAGGUGAAUGGUAAGAAUUUGUCUCAUUAGGGUUUGCAUACGGUCACUGUAUAAUAACACUGAUACACAGAUCACAUUGACCUGGUUCACACUGUUUAGGUUACACUAAUCUAACCACAGGCAAAGGGCUCAAUUGAUGUGAGCAUUUUUUUUUCUUUUUAAAUGCACUUGAAAGCAAGAGGGAAAUGUAAACUUGUAUAGCACUAUUAAUCAAAAUAUUUUAAACAUUAUUCUGAGGCAGGGCCUUUGGCAUUCAGCUUAAGGUUUUCUUGGAGAUUAAAAAAGAAAAUAUAAAUUGCAUCGCAUCGAAGUGUCAAGAUAAGUGUUGGAUGUGCCCAUGUGGCCCGAGGGAUUCCCUGGGGAUUUGGCGCCCCCUUCAGGCCAUGAAAUAAACUACAGGCUCUGGGAAGCACACAUACACAACAGCUGAAUGCUGCAAUCGCCUGACAAACGCCUGAUUCCAACAGUAUGCUUUUUUUUUUUUUUUAAAGGUAUAUAGACAUCUUGUUAUACUUACAAGCAGCUCCAAACCUGAGUAGUCAUUUUGUAGAUAUAUCUAUCUUAUACACAUUUGUCUUUAAACAUACAACAACGUAUGUACACUUAUCUCCACCAUCGCUGUAAACACGAGUCAGUUCUGCUUGAAAUCCCUUUGGAGGUUGAAACAUGCAGAGCAUACGUACAGUAUCUAAGUAGAAAAUAUGAUAAGUGAGGAGGAAAGAACUGAAUGAAGUUGAGCGAAGGCAACACUAAAAAAUAAAGAACAAUUUCAACAAACUAAAAAAUAUAUAAAAUAAAUGGGAAAAGCGGAAACCAAACUGAACUUUUCCCAGAACCUUUACGUUCUCGACGUUCCUCACAGUUGCAGUCAUGCUGAUCAACUAAAUUAUACAUUUCAAAGAAGAUUUGAAGAAGUGAAGAAUGGAGAAAUGUCACUCUCUGUCUUUCCAGUAUUAACACUUUCACCUUUACCCCACAUAUUUAGUGAAACCAGUCCCCAGUUUGUGGAAAAUGAACACUCACACUCCAACGCACCCACAUCCAUUCAGGCUAUGGGGAACAAAGCAGCAAUUUCACAUACUUGGAGUAGUGGACAGGAUUUACCAUCCCAGCCUGGAGAUCAGAAGAUCUGGAAGCAUCAAUUCAUUGUAUAUCUUUAGUUGAUUUUUUUGCAU